GCAGAGGUUCCGAAAGACCAAAGAGGACAAGACCAUGGCUGCUCGCUCGCUAGGGCGCGUUUCUAACGCUGCCCACACAUCAUCAGCCUAGUGGAGAAGAAACCUCCGCUCUCCGGGUCAGGUUCUCGCCAAGCACGCGGUUCACCCACCCAUCCUUUCAGUUUCAGAUCUUGUUUCGGGUUCAACAGGAGUUGGAGGGAGUUAUAGAGGAGAGCUGGACAGGCGACAUUUCGGCGGAGCAAAGCUAAUCAGGAGCUGCAGCAUGAUAUGCCCUCAGUGAUGAUCAAUUUGGUCUGAGGAAGAUAUUCUGCAAAGAAAUAGUAAAGCUAAAGCUUGUGGAUACAAGAACUUCAGCAUGACGAAGAAACACAAAAUUAGAAAGUCCAAGCAUCUUUUAGAGAGCAAAAAGGAUGUUGAUGAAAAUGUGGAAAACAUUUUAAGAAUGAUAGGAGAGGAGAACGAACAGACUGAGAAUGAACAAGAUGAUUCUGAAAAUCCCGUCAAGAAAUCAAAGUUAUCUUCCCUUGUGAAGGGCUUCCAUGAGGACUAUGAAUACCUUCACAAGCACUAUAAACAGCUAAUUAGCAAACUAGAAACUGUUGGCCACAGUUCUUCAGGUUCAGAUUCAUCUGAUUCAGACGUGGAAGGAGACAGAUCAGAAAAUAAUGUAACUACACCAAAAGUAGUGUUGAAUGAAGAAAACGGCCUGAACCAUAAGCUUGAUGAGGAUCAUAGCAUGGAAGCAGAAAUUGAGAAGCUAAAACAAAGUACGGAAGAACAAGCCAAGGAAAUAUCUGAUCUGAAGCAGCUACUAGGAAAAACAAUCAAGGAUAAAGAAGCCACAAGAGGAGAGUUAAGUUUAGAGGUUGCAAGUUUGUCAUCUGAGAAUGAAAAUCUGAAAUCAUUAGUUGAAACUGCAAAGAGGGAGGAAGGAGACUUGCUUAGCAUCAUACAAUGUAAGGAGAAUGAGGUCAAAACAUUGUCUAGUGAGAAGCAAACUAUUGAAGAAGAGAGAGAUAACCUGAAGAUGUCAAUUGUAGACAUGAAGAAAGAGAUGGAAGAUCUGAGGAAUCAGCUGAAAGAUACAGUGGACAAAUGCAGCAUCAUGGCAUCAGAACUAGAGAAGUCCCUGAAGGCUGAGAAAGAGGUGCAGACCUUAUUUGAAGAAAACCAGAACCUGAAGAACCAUAACCUGAUGCUGUCGGUGGAGCAUGAUAACCUGAAAGCACUUCAUCAUAACUUAGAUAUUGAGUGCUCUCAACUGAAAGCAACCAUUGCGGAAGCCAAAGCUGAAAAUGAAUCAUUGGCCACAGAAAAUCAUUCAGCUGAAAGAAAACUCCAGCAACUGAGGCUGGAAAUAGAUGGCCUGAAGGCUGAGACCACAGAGAUGAUGAACAAUCUGAACAAGGAACGAAGUACUGCAGCAGAAGAAAAAGAAAGGCUAACAUCAGAAAAUUCUAUGUACUUGAGUGAGUUAGAGGAGGCACAGUCUAAUGUUAAGGAUCUAGAAAAGGAACUGGAGUCAACGAAAAGUGUUCUCAAUAGUCAUAUUGCGGAGCUACGGAAGGAGAAGAAUUCUGCCACAUCAGAGAUAGAGCGGCUAGAGGCUUCUUUGAUGAAUCUUGAGAACGAUCUGUCACAGCAACUUGAUAGGAUUUCAGAUAUGCAGAAGACUAAUGAAAACCUGGAUCUGGCAAAUUCUAACCUGCAUAAUGAGAUUGUAGAAGUACAAGGACAGAAGAAUGAAGCUGUUACUUCUAUAGUUAAUCUCGAGAGCAUGUUAGAACAGCAAGUACAAGAGAUUUCAAAUCUUCAGGAGGCCAUCAAAGACCUCAAAGCAGCAAAGACCGAUCUGUAUAAUGAGAUUACAGUACUUCAGCAGGAGAAAAUUGUAGCACUGGCUCAGUUACAAGAAUCUGAGGCUCAAAUCAAGAAUCUUCGGAGUGACUUGGAACUGCAGCGCAACCAAAUUUCAGUUAUCCAGCAAGCAAAUGAAGAAAUGCUGGAUAAAAAUUCUAGCUUUCACAAGCAACUGGAAGAAACUAGGACUAAUCUGCAAGAGGAGAUCAUUGCAUUACAAGGAGAGAAGGAAGAGGCCAUCAAUAGCUUACAGCAGUCAAAUGAUUCACUCAAUACCCUAGAACUCCAGUUAGAGAAGCAAAGAGAACAAAUUUCUGUUCUGCAGCUUGCUCAUGAGGACUUGCAAAAGAGCAAUUCCAACCUAGAGAUGCAGUUGGAAGGGGCGAAGGUUAGUCACCAUGCUGAAAUUUUAGCAUUACAUGAUGAAAAGAACAAGAUUAUUUCAGAGUUGCAGCAGUCCGAUGGUUGUAUCAAGAACCUUAGAAUUGAGUUGGAGCAAGAAAAAGAGCAAACCUCAAUCUUGCAUCAUGCUAAUGAAGAUAUGAAGAAUAACAUUUCUGUCUUGGAGAAGCAAUUGGAGGAGGUCAGGAGCAGUUUGCAUGCUGAAAUUGCAGAAGUACGUGCAGAGAAGGACACAUCUCUAUUGGAGUUACAGACGUCUCAGGCUUCUGUCAGGAAUCUUGAGAUUGUGGUUGAAAAGCAAACUGAGAACAUUUCAACUCUACAACAAGCUAAUGAUGAGUUACAGAAGAACAUCUACACUUUGACUGAGCAAUCACAACAAGCCAAGGCAGAGAUGCAGGAUGAGUUGAAGGCAAUACAAGAAGAGAAGGAUGCAGUGCUAACACAACUGAAGCAGUCAGAGACUUCAGUACAAAAUCUUGAGAAUGAGGUGACACGACUGAAAGAGGAGCUUUCCAUACAGCUAGAAAACAACUCCACCUUGGACAAGCAGUUUGAAGAAGCCAGGAGCAAUCUGCAUGCUCAAAUUUCAGACCUAGGUGCAGAGAAGGACACAGCUCUAUUGGAGUUACAGACGUCUCAGGCUUCUGUCAGGAAUCUUGAGAUUGUGGUUGAAAAGCAAACUGAGAACAUUUCUACUCUACAGCAAGCUAAUGAUGAGCUACAGAAGAACAUCUACACUUUGACUGAGCAAUCACAACAAGCCAAGGCGGAGAUGCAGGAUGAGUUGAAGGCAAUACAAGAAGAGAAGGAUACAGUGCUAACACAACUGAAGCAGUCAGAGACUUCAGUACAAAAUCUUGAGAACGAGGUGACACGACUGAAAGAGGAGCUUUCCAUACAGCUAGAAAACAACUCCACCUUGGACAAGCAGUUUGAAGAAGCCAGGAGCAAUCUGCAUGCUCAAAUUUCAGACCUAGGUGCAGAGAAGGACACAGCUCUAUUGGAGUUACAGACGUCUCAGGCUUCUGUCAGGAAUCUUGAGAUUGUGGUUGAAAAGCAAACUGAGAACAUUUCUACUCUACAGCAAGCUAAUGAUGAGUUACAGAAGAACAUCUACACUUUGACUGAGCAAUCACAACAAGCCAAGGCGGAGAUGCAGGAUGAGUUGAAGGCAAUACAAGAAGAGAAGGAUACAGUGCUAACACAACUGAAGCAGUCAGAGACUUCAGUACAAAAUCUUGAGAAUGAGGUGACACGGCUGAAAGAGGAGCUUUCCGAACAGCUAGAAAACAACUCCACCUUGGACAAGCAGUUUGAAGAAGCCAGGAGCAAUCUGCAUGCUCAAAUUUCAGACCUAGGUGCAGAGAAGGACACAGCUCUAUUAGAGUUACAGACGUCUCAGGCUUCUGUCAGGAAUCUUGAGACUGUGGUUGAAAAGCAAACUGAGAACAUUUCUACUCUACAGCAAGCUAAUGAUGAGCUACAGAAGAACAUCUACACUUUGACUGAGCAAUCACAACAAGCCAAGGCGGAGAUGCAGGAUGAGUUGAAGGCAAUACAAGAAGAGAAGGAUACAGUGCUAACACAACUGAAGCAGUCAGAGACUUCAGUACAAAAUCUUGAGAACGAGGUGACACGACUGAAAGAGGAGCUUUCCAUACAGCUAGAAAACAACUCCACCUUGGACAAGCAGUUUGAAGAAGCCAGGAGCAAUCUGCAUGCUCAAAUUUCAGACCUAGGUGCAGAGAAGGACACAGCUCUAUUGGAGUUACAGACGUCUCAGGCUUCUGUCAGGAAUCUUGAGAUUGUGGUUGAAAAGCAAACUGAGAACAUUUCUACUCUACAGCAAGCUAAUGAUGAGUUACAGAAGAACAUCUACACUUUGACUGAGCAAUCACAACAAGCCAAGGCGGAGAUGCAGGAUGAGUUGAAGGCAAUACAAGAAGAGAAGGAUACAGUGCUAACACAACUGAAGCAGUCAGAGACUUCAGUACAAAAUCUUGAGAAUGAGGUGACACGGCUGAAAGAGGAGCUUUCCGAACAGCUAGAAAACAACUCCACCUUGGACAAGCAGUUUGAAGAAGCCAGGAGCAAUCUGCAUGCUCAAAUUUCAGACCUAGGUGCAGAGAAGGACACAGCUCUAUUAGAGUUACAGACGUCUCAGGCUUCUGUUAGGAAUCUUGAGACUGUGGUUGAAAAGCAAACUGAGAACAUUUCAACUCUACAGCAAGCUAAUGAUGAGUUACAGCAGAACAUCUACACUUUGACUGAGCAAUCACAACAAGCCAAGGCAGAGAUGCAGGAUGAGUUGAAGGCAAUACAAGAAGAGAAGGAUGCAGUGCUAACACAACUGAAGCAGUCAGAGACUUCAGUACAAAAUCUUGAGAAUGAGGUGACACGACUGAAAGAGGAGCUUUCCGAACAGCUAGAAAACAACUCCACCUUAGACAAGCAGUUUGAAGAAGCCAGGAGCAAUCUGCAUGUUGAAAUUUCAGACCUACGUGCAGAGAAGGACACAGCUCUAUUAGAGUUACAGACGUCUCAGGCUUCUGUUAGGAAUCUUGAGAUUGUGGUUGAAAAGCAAACUGAGAACAUUUCAACUCUACAGCAAGUUAAUGAUGAGUUACAGAAGAACAUCUACACUUUGACUGAGGAAUCACAACAAGCCGAGGUAGCGAUGCAGGAUGAGUUGAAGGCAAUACAAGAAGAGAAGGAUGCAGUGCUAACACAACUGAAGCAGUCAGAGACUUCAGUACAGAAUCUUGAGAAUGAGGUGACCCGACUGAAAGAGGAGCUUUCCGUCCAGCUAGAAAACAAUUCCACCUUGAACAAGCAGUUGGAAGAGGCAAUGUUGAAAGUGUCUAAUCUACAUGAGAAUCUUGAGAAGGCCCAGGCUGAAGCAGCUUGUCAACUUGAUGGCAUGAGUACAAAAACAAAAGAUCUGGAGAAGACAAUCAAUCUAUUGUCUUCUGAAAAGACUAAGUUGGAGAAGGAUCUGAAAAUUAUGAUUGAAGCAUGCACAGAAAACAUGUCAUUUCUGGCAGGAUUUGAAGAUAGAGUUACACAAAAAAUUUCUGAUCAUGAGGCAGGACUGAAGGUUCUCCACCAGAGCCUUAGAGGGGCUGUUGGUAGCUGUCAGAGGCUUCAGUACGCAUAUGAUGAGGUGUCCACAAGGGCAUCACAUCUUGAGAUACUUGAGAGGAGUCAGAUGGAGCAGAUAGAUCAGCUAGAGCAGAAAAACACAGAAACUUUGGAGAAACAUCGGCUUCUGGAAGAGGAAAAGUUAUCUGCAAACAAGGAGAAUAUUAAGCUACAAAAGCAUGUCCAAGACCUUGAAGUUCAGCUCCAGCUAGCAAAGCAGAAGAUUAAAGUUACCGAAGCAGAAAGCAAAUGCAAAGAAGAGAGAUAUGCAGCAACAGCGGAAGCGUUGCGGGCAGAGAUCUGUCAUCUUGAACAAUCAGUACAGCAGUUUUCAAGGAGAAUCAGCUUGCUGGAAGGAACUCUCCUGCAAAUUAAAGGACAUGCUGAAUCAGGGGUCUCUAAAUGGGCAUCCAAAUUGGAUGAGCUAGAAACACUCUUCAGUCAGAAUUUUGUGCUCUUCAUUGACCGCUCAUCUGCAUGUAGUGACGAGCUUAAAGCCCUGAGGAAGAAGGUACAUGAUCAUCUUAAGGAACAGAAGGAACUUGCCAAUGUGAACAAUGAGCUGGCUAUUAGGUUGAAAGAGAAAGAAAUGGUAGUGUCAGAAAUGGCGAAGAGUGCUGCUGAGGCAGAGGCAAAGAUGCUCCAGCUCGAGAAGACAGUGGACGAGAAAGAAGACGAGCUAGCAGCUAGAGUGCAGGAGAAGAGAGAAGCCAUCAAGCAGCUGAGCGACACCAUUGUUUACCACAAGAAUUACAGCGAUGACCUGGUGCGCUACAUCCGCAGUCAGAGUCGCCCUCGCCUCCCGUUCUGCCUUUAAAUUUGGAAGUCAGAAAGAUGUAAAGGCUCCAUUCUAGCUGUGAAUUUUUGCAGUAAGGAGACCAUUGCCAUUUUUCUUAUGUAUCAUGUAUAGGGCUCAAAUACUUUCUGGAGGUAGUCAUAUACUCAUAUUCAGUGGCUUGUGCAUUCUAUUCGCUACUAAGGGGACUGCUGUAGUAAUUAAUUUAUUCGUUUUGCCUUAUUUUUUUA